AUGAGCAUGUCGGGCCUGGGCCACGGGCUCGGCGGGUCCGUAGGCGCGUCGCUGGCGUCCCUGGGAGUGUCGGGGAGUCACGGCGACGCGGCGGCGGGGGGCGCGGGGAUGGCGGGAUUGGCGGGGAUGGGGCCGGUGGCGGGGAUGGGGAGCAUGGCGGGGAUGGCUGGGAUGGGGGGAAUGGCGGGGAUCACGGGGAUGACGGGAAUGGCGGGAAUGACGGCUAUGGCGGGGAUGGCGGGGACGAGUGGAUGGAUGCACCACGGCAUGCAUCCGCCGGGAGCCGUUUCGCUUGCUACCCGAGGCGGCGGAGCGGCGAGCAUGGGGGCCAUGGCGGAGGGGCUGAUGGCGGGGGCGUCGCAACUGGGCGGCGGCACCAGUGCGGCGGGCGCCAUGUGGAUGGCGCAAGCCCAGUGGAUCAGAUUUUCCUUAUUUUCCCUGCCCCGGCUCCCCUUUUCCCUCUCCCCAAAUCCUCCCGCCCGCUGUUCCUCUCAACCGCUCAUCGGUCCUCCCUUCCGUCCUCCCUUCCUCUUCCCCCCUACUCUUACCCCGGCAGCCACGCCGGAUUUCGCGGAGGUGUACCGGUUCAUAGGGUUCGUGUUCGACCCUUCCACGUCGGGCCACCUCGCGCACCUCAAGGCCAUGGCGCCCAUCGACCGCGAAACCGUGCUCCUUCUCAUGCGAAACCUCUCCAUGAACCUCGCCAACCCCGAGUUCCAGCAGCAUCAGCCUUCCCUUGCUCGUUCCUCCUCCGUCUUGCCCGUCCCCCCUUCGUCUUGCCCGUCCCCCCUUCGUCUUGCCCGUCCCCCCUUGUCUUGCCCGUCCCCCCUUCGUCUUGCCCGUCCCCCCUUCGUCUUGCCCGUCCCCCGUUCGUCUUGCCUGUCCCCCCUUCGUCUUGCCCGUUCCCUUUGUCUUGCCCGUGCCCUUGGUCUUGCCCGCGCCCUUGGUCUUGCCCGCUCCGUGCUCGAUGUCUUACGCUCUUACCGCGAGGCUUGUGCGUGGACUCGGAUGUCAUGCCAUGCCAUGCCAUGCGUGCUUUCGCUGCGCUGGCCUUCAUCUCGCUCCUUCUCCUGUGCCAGGACGCGUUCUUGCAACUCAUCUGAUGCAACAGGGGGAUCACAAGAGCCCGAGGAGAAGACGAGUAGGCAGACUCAGGCCCAGGAGCAAAGGCCAGAGAGUGCUGCGGGCUGUGUGAAGUGGGAAGAAGGUAGGGCGGAGGCGGGCAGGUUAGCGGGAAGUGGAGUUGGUGCAGAUGCUGCAGCAGCUGCUCGAGAGAGUGCGAAGGAACGAGCAGCAGAGGGGGAUGGUGCGGUGGGAAUGGAGGUGGAAGGGGGAGAGGCGAGGCUGCUAGGCGAUGGACAAGAACGGGUUGACGGAGCCAAUGGGGUCAAUGCAUCGUCCCCUGCGCCCACCACGCCCUCUCGCCCACACUCCGCCCUUCACUCCGCUGCCCAUUCCGACCAACACCUCCUGGCGCACAACCACCAGGCGCUCCUCACAGCCAUGCGCGGAGGCGCCAGCAGCCUAGGGGGGGACGUGCCCCGCGCCAUAGGAGGGGGCAUGGCCAGCAGCAUGCGGGGCAAUGUGCCCCGUGGGGUAGGAGUGGGGGGGGAGAUGCCCCUUGGGAACGUACCUAUGGGCGGGGGGGAUGUGGAGGAGCUCUUCAUGAUGUCCCAUAUGAUGUCUGCCUGGCCAGGAUUCUCUGGAUUUGAUCUGCCAGAGGAUGUCAAGCCGGGUACGCUGCCCCUCCCUGCGAAUCUUCCUGGUAAUCCGCAUGCCAAUCUCCCAGCCGGCCUCUCUGCAACUCUCCCUGCGGGGCUGUCUGCGACGCCGCCGCUGCAGUACCUGCCGCAGUUUGCUGCUGCUGCUGCCGCGGGUGGCAUGGCCGGAGCAGCUGUGGUCUCGGCAGGAGGCGUGGUAUCCGAGGCAGGAGCCGAGGCAGCAGGUUCGGCAGCGAGGUCAUCGAGUGGGUUGGGGGCAGGAACGGGUGGUGGAGCUGCAGGGAAGAGAGUGGGUGCGAGCACAGAUGCAGAGGUGCUGGCGCUGACAGCUGCUGUAGCAGCGCGAGCAGCAGGGACAGGCACGAGCGGUGGUGCUAAUGCUGCUAGUGGCAUCAGUGCUGGUGGCGGUGUUGCUGCUGGGAAUGGUGCUGGUGGUGCUGCUGGUGGUGGUGGUGGUGCUGGUGGGGUGAGCAAUGGAGCGGGUCAAGCUGCCAUGUGGGCUGGUAGGAUGGCAGGGGGGGGUGGCAUGGCUGUUGGCAUGGCUGGUGGCAGCAUGGGAGGCGGAGGCAUGGCACCUGUGAUGAGAGGCUUGCCUGGAGGAGGUGUUAUGUUGCGGCCAGGUGGCAUGGUGAUGAUGGGGGGUCAUGAACCGGGGCAAGGCAUGGCUGGUGGUAUGGGCGGUGGCAUGUUGGGUGCAGGCGUGGGAGGGACAGGCAUGGGGGGUAUGGGAAUGGUAGCAGGAAUGGGAGGUAACAUAGCUACUGCAGGCUUGGGAGUGCAUGCGCGACCAGGUAUGGGUCUAGGUCCGGGAUCUGCAGGCGUGGGUCUACGCCCGGGAGCUGCAGGUGUGGUGAUGGGGGCUACAGUUACAGGCAUGGGUGCUGCAGCGAUGGCGGCAACUGGUGUGAGAGGAGGUGCAAGCGCAGGUGCCAUGGGUGUGGGUGCCGCCCUUCCUGGCAUGGCUAUGCCUUUGGGCAUGGGAAUGCUGCCUGGAAUGUUUAAGUUUCCGGGGUCGUCUGGUGGUGUGAUUCAAGGUGCAGGAUCUGGUGGCGCUGGUGUGCCGCCUGUUCAGUUUGGAGGUCUUACAAAUGGAAUUGCGUGA